AGGUGCGCCGCGGCGCUUCGCGGAGCCAGGAAGUGUGUCCCCAGCGGCGACCCGUGCCGCGCUCCCGCGAGACGCUCACCUGCGACCCAGGUGAGUGCCGAGGGGGGCGGGGGAAGGGCUGACGGGAGGCGGCUCACCUGGCGGGGCAGGUGCCUGGCUGCAGCAAGCCAUGCUCUGAGCCAUGCCCAGACCGGGACAGCCUCGCCCAUCGUCUGGGCCUCCUCGCUUGGGUCCCUGGGAGAGGCCAGCAGAGCUAUGCCUGGAAACCAAUGAUGAGCGCUCCCAGCCCCCACCAGGCCGCCGCAACCGCAGGCCGGACCCCAAGGACCCUGGCCACCAUGGGCCAGAGAGUAUCACCUUCAUUUCAGGCUCUGCAGAACCGGCCACUGAGCCCCCAACCUGCUGCCUCCUCUGGCGCCCCUGGGGGUGGGACUGGUGCAGGGCUGCCUUCUGCUUUCGCCGCUGCAGGGAUUGCCUGCAGCGCUGUGGGGCUUGUGUGCGGGGCUGCAGCCCCUGCUUAUCUGCUGUGGAUCCCACUGAAGGGUCUGCUGAAGUCACCUGGGUCAAGGAGAAUGGCGUGCCACCCAGCCCGGACUGUGCACCUCCCAGCCGCCGGGAUGGCCAGCGGCUCAAGUCCAGCAUGGGCAGCAGCUUCAGCUACCCUGACGUUAAGCUUAAGGGCAUUCCGGUCUACCCCUACCGCCAUGCCACCUCCCCAGUCCCUGAUGCGGACUCCUGCUGCAAGGAGACCCUGCCCGAGCCUCUCCCCACGCGGCACAGCCUGCCAAGCACCCUCCCCAGCAGCCCCCGCGGCUCCGAGGAGUAUUACUCCUUCCAUGAGUCGGACCUGGACCUGCCCGAGAUGGGCAGUGGCUCCAUGUCGAGCCGGGAGAUCGACGUGCUUAUUUUCAAGAAGCUGACAGAGCUGUUCAGUGUACACCAGAUUGACGAGCUGGCCAAGUGCACGUCGGACACUGUGUUCCUGGAGAAGACCAGCAAGAUCUCAGACCUGAUCAGCAGCAUCACGCAGGAUUACCACCUGGACGAGCAAGACGCCGAGGGCCGCCUGGUGCGCGGCAUCAUCCGUAUCAGUACCCGCAAAAGCCGCUCCCGCCCACAGACCUCUGAGGGGCGCUCAGCCCGCUCUACUGCCCCUGCCGCUGCCCCUGACAGUGGCCAUGAGACCAUGGUGGGCUCUGGCGUCAGCCAGGAUGAACUGACGGUGCAGAUCUCCCAGGAGACAACAGCAGAUGCCAUCGCCAGGAAGCUGAGGCCAUACGGAAGCCCAGGGUACCCAGCCAGCCAAGACUCGUCCUUCCAGGGCACAGACACAGACUCUUCAGGGGCACCCCUGCUGCAGGUGUACUGCUAACCCCCACUGGCCUCUUGGAAGAAGCGUGGCCAGCGGCGUAGAGGAACCAGGAUCCCUUUGUGUGGAGGCCAGACCCUGAGCCUAGCAGUGACCUCUGCCUUCUGCUUCUGUUGAAUGAUUUAGACCAUGUACAUUUCACAGGGACAUGCCUGUCCUCUGCCUCUCCACUGGACUGACUGCUGCCUGGGCCUGUUUCUUCCUGUGGCCUGAAAGCACAGCCUUGGGAAGUAGCUUCCCAGUUCCAUUCCCAUGUCACCCCCAAGCAAUUAUGGAAACUAUGUAGGUAGUAUGGCCUCUAUAUGUGAUUCUCUGGGCAGCGCCCACUUUUUACAUUGCUGAGCAGUUUGGAGAAUCUUGGAUGUUGUGUAUUGUUAACAUGACCAUUGUUGCAAGUAUAUA